AUAGUACAAUAGUAUAGUCUAGUAACAAUACAUUACGCAGAUCUACUUCUAGAAUCUUUUCUAGAAUCUAGAUAUCUAUUAGAUCUAGUUGAAAAGUAGUUGGACCUUGGCUUUGAAAAAACAGUGGAAUGGCAAAUAUAAAGCCCGCACACCAGCACAAUUCCUUUCAUAGUCCUGAAAACUCAGAAGCUGAGGAAGACUCAGAAGAGAUUUUUAAUGAACUGCUCAUUGAGGAUCCAAAUGCAAUUGAUAUUGAUCUCAAUCAUUGUCGAAUAGGAAAAAUUACCAACUUGGAAACAACUAUCUGUGUUGAGACACUUUGCCUUCGACAAAAUUUGGUGAAGCAAAUCGAAGGGCUGAAUACACUUAUACAUCUAAGAGAACUUGACUUGUAUGAUAAUCAAAUAACUGAAAUCACCAAUUUAGAAGCUCUUGUCAAUUUGGAACACUUAGACUUAUCUUACAACCGAUUGAGGAAAAUAAAAGGACUUGAAACUCUUACUAAUCUUAGGAAACUCUUUUUAGUUAAUAACAAAAUAAGCAAAAUUGAAAAUAUCAACCACCUUGUUCAUUUAGAAAUGCUGGAACUAGGGGAUAACAGAAUCAGGGUUAUUGAAGGUAUUGACAACUUAGUGAAUCUUCACAGUCUCUACCUUGGUAAAAAUAAAAUUUCAAAACUUCAUGGGCUGAGUACAUUAGUUCGUCUCUCAUGUCUCAGCAUACAGAGCAAUAGACUUCUAAAAAUUGAAGGCUUAGAGAAUCUGACUGAGUUAGAUGAGCUAUACUUAAGUCAUAAUGGCCUUGAAAAGAUAGAAGGGCUUGAAGCUUGUACAAAACUGACAACUCUAGACCUAGCAGGAAACAGAAUAAAGAAGAUAGAAAAUAUCAGUCAACUUGAAGAAUUGGCAGAGUUUUGGUUCAAUGACAAUUUAGUGGAAUCAUGGGAUGAAGUGGAAGCAUUGACCAAGUUAAAAAAGUUAGAGACAGUUUAUCUUGAGAGAAACCCUAUUUAUUUUGAUUCCCAAAAACAAAUGGAUCCUAAUUACAGAAGAAAGGUAAUGUUAACACUACCAUGGGUGAGGCAAAUUGAUGCUACGCUUGCUAGAUAGUAAGGUUCAUCAAGAUAUUUCAAUGUAUCUGUAUAGGUAUUGUGAUGUUAAAUUGUUCUCAAAAUCAAAUAGGACAUUAUCAGUGUUUGAUGUAAAAAUUAAACAAAUAUGUGUAUGUUUUAGCAUACUACUGAAAUCUGUAAAUUGUUUAAUUUUUUAAAUGUUUAAUAUUGUAUUGUUUUGUUAAAAUGAAAUUUUGGAACUAGUGUGAAAUUAAUGAGCAUUUAAAAACAGAAUUUUUAAACACAAAAAUUAUUUUAUAGUUUGUUAAAACUGUGCUAGUUCAACAUGCAUACAUUUAUAAUGUUCUGAGACACAUUGUUAGCUCAACCUGGAUAAUGGGUUACACUUAGCUAUUUCUCUUCAAUUCAAUGCUUGAUUUUUCUCAUUCAUUGACGUAUAAUAAUACUUUUCUGUCAUAAUGUUGUGACAGUUUUUAUUUUACUUUCUUCUUGUCAUUUAAAUUAAUUUUUUAAAUAAGGCACCAAUUUAAUUUUUUACUUCUAUGAGGUCAUUUUUAAAAUUCUCUUUAGUUGAUAGGAAGUAUACUUAUUGCUUUUGAAAAUUUAAUAAAAAUAUGUGAAACUGGCUAACUAAAAAUUCUUGAACAUUCAUUUAAUAUAUCCACAACUGAAUAAGAUAUGGCAUUAAUCGCUUGCAACUCUGUUUUGUUUUCCUUCUUGGUAGUCUGAUGUGACCUCUAUUUAUAGUACUUUUAUUUACAUAAAGUCUUGCAGGUAUGAGGCUUUAAGUUAACAAAUCUAGUAACUACAUUAUAUUCUUGUUUAGCAUUUUUAAUUGAAAUGUUAAAUGGUUAGGGUUUUAUAUUUCUGAAAUUUGAUUUACUUUUAUGUAUUAUUUGUACAUUAUAAAACAUUUAGACUCAGAUAAUAAAUUAAGACUAUUUUCUUGUAGGCCUAUAAUGAUUUUUUGUUUUAUUUGUCUAGCCAUAUGUGAAUAAAAAAAUUGUAUGCCUGGACUGUUAAGAGGUCCCUGUUACUGUGCUAUUUUUAUGUUUGUAUAUUUUAAUUCUUUAAUAAUUUAAUGAAACAUUUUGUUUUUUCUUUCUCAUAUGCAGAAUAUAAAAUAUAAAGGAAGUGUAGUCAUAUUGCAAAAAAUCCAUCAAGAGUUUUACAAAUUUUGAUGUGUUACAACUCUGAGUCAGAAAAUUUUAGCUUUGCAUUCUUGCCUAUCAGUCUGUAAAUACAAUAACAUGAGGACCCUAUGAUUGCCUUUCAGUUAGGUUGACUAAAUUCCAAUAUACAUAUAUCUAAUUUGUAGUAUUCUAUCAAAUUUUGAGCGAUUUCCAGAAGUGUUACUUACUUUACUUCUGGUUUUUCAAGCCUGUAACUAGAGUAUUAAUUCCUAUAUGUCAAUUACUGUCAACUUUUGAGUGAUUUCCAGUGACCCUCAGAAUUUGUUCCUUGCAAAUUUUUAUCUUGAUUCCACUGUCUGUUGUCUGUCAUGGGUUAUAAAAACUUGAUGACAAUGCAAUGUCACACAAAAUAAGACUUAAUUAGAAGAUUAACUAUUUAAAAAUUAAUUAGUUUGCUUAAUAAAGUACUAAUUCUCCACUCUUUUUACACACAUUGUUUGCAUUCAUUUGGUGGGCAAUUUUUUUUCUCUAUGUGCUCUCUCAAAAAAAAAGCAGUUUUGUCACAAAAUCUAUACUGCUAUAGAGCUAGCCUAAAUGCAACUCCAGUGCCAUCCUAAACCAU